GCUCCAGCCACGAAACCUUAGAUUCAACUUCUGCAUUGCGCCAUCGCCAACUGCUUUUUGAAGAUUUCGAUCCACGCCCUCACGAUCCCUCGAGUCGAGAUCCCUUGCUCACAUCCCGGAUCUGGCCCGGAAGCCAACCACCAUGUUAGUGAGAGGCCACAAUGCUCUGAGAAGCUCCCGAGCACUCUUCAGACUGCCGAGCCUAGUGCGUUACACGGUCGAGAUAAAAGAAGGGCCGGAGCCGGAGCAGAAGCAGAAGCAGAAGCAGAAGGAAAGGCGAACCACAAGGCCAUGGCCAAAUGGUCUACAGGAGCUAGGAGCUGAAUCAGCACGUCCGAUUCCCGCAGACCCAAGUUCCACGUUUACCAUGGUUAAUAUCCCGAAUGCCUCCACAGCGUAUGAAAGAUGGCCGACCCUCAAGAACUUCAGACCAGCGCUGCAACCACGAACAUGUGGAACUAUACGUCCUGGCGCAGGUCCUGGCGGCGGUGCAACAGUCGACGCCUAUAUGGAGCUAUCGUAUCUUCCUUACUUAUAUAACGAUCUUGGCGUGAUGAUCUUUGAAGGCCCGCACUGCGUCCAGGUUAAGAUUAUGUCAAAUAUCCUUCGGAGCGUCGAAUGUGAAGAAUGUAGACUGCAGGAUAGAGAUUGGACUACGGGCGAAGCCUACUACGAGGUGAAUUAUUCCAAGUGGAACGUGUAUCGUAUAAAGUUAGAUCCAAGCAAACACGUCGAGACAAGUUCUCAGAACGGUAGAAGGAAAAGCAGCAUAACACCCGAUGGACUGUAUGACCUUACCAAUAUUGCACUUGAGAAAUGGAAAGCGGAUGGGACAGGAGGACCUGUCCCUGUUGAAACUCUGCCUGGUUCUCUGAAGAUGUACAUUCUGAACCACACUGGCGGCCCAGGGCUAGCGAAUGAUACCAUCAAUGGGUCGUAUCUACCUCAACUGCAUGUCUACGUUGCGACCGGGAUUCGGGGCAACACAAUCUACAUGUGCAUCGAGUUUCAUACCGUCGGCACAAGGCGCUUGGUCGGCGUCACAUACCUCAGACUCAGACCGACUUUCGACCUCUCACCCGCCAAAUACAUGGCCGAGGAGCCCCCUCAAAGGGUCGAUGGAAACACCGAUUUCGACCAAAAGUUCGCCACUAUCGAGGAGAAGAUAAAGGCCAGCAGGGAAGCAGAUCCUUAUUCCGAAAAGCAAGCAUUUCAGCCUCCACCGCCCCAUGCCAGAAGCAUAGAAAGUCCAUGGGAGUUUUACGAAAAGUUGGUACCAAGUAAUACACGCCGAAACAGCGAUAUAUUCAAAGCAGCGAUGUUCAAGUUAUACAAGCUGGAGAUGAGACUCUGGUAGCAGAGGAAGAGGGCUAUGAAGAAGGAAAACGAGGCUGAGGUGAGGGCUAGAAGCUUUGCUAGGAGGCAGAAGAAGCUGUCGAAGGCCAUAGCUCAUAUAGAAGAAAAGUAUCCAGGUGUUGAUAGAGAAGCUUAGCAUGGGACAUUGGAGGAGAUCGUUGAGGAAGAGAGGGAGUUACGUGGGAUGGGUAUUGAGGGUGAGGUAAAAAGGGGGUUUCAUGUGUUGACAUGAAUAAAGAUCAUGGCGAGGUUCUGGGAUGCUUGCACGAUAUCACAUCAUGAACGCCCACUCCAGGGAAUACUCUUUGCAGCGACGAAUCAAUAUUUCGCAAUAUCUACAGCAUCUUGUAGGAAGGACUGGCAACUGAUCAAUGAUCUCAGCUUCCACAAGUACCAUGUCGUAUUCUUGGUUAGAGAAGACUAUUCUUAAAGGAGGAAAGACGGAUAAAGCUCUAUUCUAUCGCAAGGCUGAAAGCAUGUUGAUUGAAAAUGACAACAAGUGAAGCCUUGCUGGGACCCAGCCGGAUAGCAACUGCAAAGCUCGAGAUAUCUUUGCUCACACGAGCAAGUUGCGGACUACAACAAGUAUCGAGGCAUUAACUAAUGGCCUCAUUGUAUGCAAGUUAUGACUAGAAAGACGAUUUCUGUGCCAUAGGCUACUUGCAUGGCUCAUGCUAAGUGUGACCCGUCUUGAUUGGCAUGAUGGAUGCCAGACGAGACGAAUAAAAAGGGUUGAGUACACCCGGCAACAUCGGAAAGCUUCUGAGACUGUCAAAGCCGGAACUCAUGAUACCAGCAAACCAAACCAGAGCAGGCAAGUUGUCACAAGCCACAUCAACAGGUAUCAAGCUUGUACCUGAUAGACACGAGAC